AUGACCGUCAUCCGCACUUUCGCUCUACUCGCCGGACUGGCUCUGCAUUCGUCGGCAGCUGAACUCCGGCGUGACGAUAGUGAACCGCUUGUACGUGGCUAUGACAAACGACGACAGAUGGAUGAAGACGAGAUAAACUACCUCACAAUUCUUGCAUCCGACCCGCUGUCGUACAGCGAGGACGUGUCGACUCGGAUCUGCUUCACUGCAUUCUACACGGUGCAGCAACAGGCUGUGUAUGGUACGAACUUCCGCUACCGAGUAAAGGGAUGCCCGGUGACCUCUCCCGCCGAAUUGGGCGUCUGCCGCAACGAAAACUCCAACUGCGAUGACUCCCCGUACGAUGUCGUCAUCUUUUCGCAGCCGUGGACGAAUACGCUCUACGUGUCGUCGAUCACGAAGGUAGUGUAA